AUGAGCACUCAAAAUUUAAUCAACAGACUUAAAACAGAUCAUAUAAAUCAUCCAUGUUUGCAUAUCAAUUGCUUCAACAAUUGGUGUAUAUGGUGCGGUAAGACUUUAGAUAAGCCUGUGUAUCUGCCUCAUAAUAUACAUAAUCCGGAAGUUAAUUCUUUACUAAACCAAAAGAAACUAUAUCUAGUUCUUGAUCUAGAUCAUACGUUGCUUCAUUCGAUUCGAUUAGCGAACUUAGGUUUGAAUGAGGAGUACUUAAAGGAUCAAACUAUAUCCUCUUUGUUUAGACUAAAUAAUAUAGGGAUCAUUACGAAGUUGAGACCGUUUGUUAAUAGGUUUUUACAAGAAGCAAAUACAAUGUUCGAAUUGUGUAUUUACACUAUGGGGAACCGUACUUAUGCAUUAGAGAUGGCAAAACUUCUUGAUCCUGAAAACGAGUAUUUUAAGUCGAGAAUAAUUUCUAAAGAUGAUUAUCCUGAAAGAAAUAAAAAAGGGCUAGAUGUUCUAAAGAUACCAGAGAGUUUAGCUGUGGUACUUGAUGAUACAGAAGCAGUUUGGGAAGAGCACAAAGAAAAUUUGAUUUUGAUGGAUAAAUAUUGCUACUUUUCUUCAAGUAGUAGUAAUUUUGGGUAUAAUAACUGCAAGUCUCUUUCUCAAUUGAACAAAGAUGAGGAUGAAUGUGAUGGAGCACUUGCAAAUAUUCUCCGCGUUCUUACACAAAUACACCACGAAUUUUAUGAUAAUAAUUGUGCAAAUGUUGUUGUUAGAGAUGUGAGGCAAGUGCUAAAAACAACAAAACAGGAAGUUUUAAGAGGUUGUAAGAUAGUAUUUGGUGGGGUUUUCCCUAGAAACUAUGAUGCUGCUAAUCACCGUUUGUGGAAGAUGGCGGAAGAGUUGGGGGCUAUAUGUUCGAAUGAAAUCAACUCUUGUGUCACCCAUGUUGUUUCCGUUGAUGUUGGCACGGAGAAGUCUUGUUGGGCGGUUCGAGAAGGCAAGUUCCUGGUGCAUCCUAGGUGGAUUGUAGCUGCAUAUUAUCUAUGGCGAAGACAUUCUGAAGACAAGUUUCCGGUGGAGGUAGCUUAGUGUUCAUCGAACUAGCCUGAUUAGAUGGUCUAAAUUGAUACCAGAAUCUUCAAGUUCGCAAUCACUAAGUCAAACAAUAGAACAACUAAUCUUACAAACUCAAAUACAGUCAAGGAG